UCUUGUUAAAAAAUCCUAUCAAUCCCCCAUUUUGUUUGGUAUGGAUAAAAGUGUGAAAAAAAAAAAAAAGAAAAGAAAAGAAAAGAAAAAAAUAAGAUAGAGUUUAUUAGCUAAAUUACUAUUGUAAAUAAUCAUAACUAAAAUUUUAGAAGAGAUUUGGUAUUGGUAAUGCCCACCAGAUAUUUUAAUGCUACUAUUUUGGAAGGGAAAAAAAAAUAUAUAUAUAUAUAUAUAUAUAUUAAUAGCCCAUCUUCUCAUCCCUCUCACUCGUUCCUUUUACUUGCCUUGCACUUUUCCACAUUUUUUAGAUUACGGAUUCAGAGUUUCGGCCUGCUUUUUUAGGCUAGAAUAUUAUUGUAACCCUAACAAGAAAAGAAUAAAAAAUAAAAAAAUAAAAAAUAAAAAUAAAAAAGAGUACUGCCAUUGCAUAGCUUCAGGCAUUUCCAUCAAGUUUUGUCGGUAGGAAAUGGAUAAAUCGCUUUUCCUUUUUGAAACAUUUGCUUUGCAGCGAAGCGAAGCAUAUUAUAAAAUAUAUAAAUGGAAGCAAGGGGAAGCAUCAUAGUUAGCAUACACCUUUGUCAUAUCUCUCUCAAGGGAAUAAUCUCUGUCCAAUUGUGAACCAUUUAGACAUUUGGAACAAUUAGCCAAAUGGCAUGGUUUGUCCAUUCUAGCUUCGUCGACAGGACCAUUGAGAUGCUACAUUCUGAAGCUGUGCAACAAAUUGGUGUGACGGAUGAGCUUUCGGAACUCGAAAACACCAUGUCUAGUAUAAAAGCUCGACUUUCUGAUGCAGAGGAGAAAGAGGAGCUCGUCGAUCACCGGCUAUUCGUUGACCUUGAAAAAGUUGAAGAGUUGGUGGAUGACUUGUCCAGUGAGGCUUUGAGACAACAACUUGCAGGGACUCUCAGAAGGGACAGUAUUACCAAGAAGGUAUGUACUUUCUUCUCAACCUCCUCAAAUCAAGCUGCCUCACAAUACAAGCUAGGUGAAAAAAUUAAAGGUAUUAACAAAAUAUUAGCUCGACUUAAAGCAUCUUUACUUGACUCUGGUCUGGUGGAGAGACAUGAGGAGAACAUAGACGUUGUCACUAGAGGGAAGGAGCCUACUCCCUCAUAUGUACAUAAAGAACAAGUUAUAAUUGGGAGAGAUAGAGAUACGACGGCAAUCAAACGAUAUCUUUUUGAUGUCGCCGAAAAUAGUGAAGAGAAGAAUGUAGAGGUGAUUCCUAUAGUAGGUGCGAGGGGUAUUGGAAAAACCACACUUGCUCAGUUGGUGUUUCAUGAUGAGGAGGUGGUGAUGCAUUUUGAUUUGAGAUUGUGGGUAAAUCUCUCUUCUCCUUUGGAUGAGAGAGUAGGCAUCGGAAAGAUAGUUAAAUCUGCAACUAACGAAGAUUUUGAAAGCCUAGAGACAUAUCAAUUGCAGCAGAAACUUGGUAAAAUAGUGAGGGGAAAACGUUAUCUCCUUGUACUUGAUGACGUGUUGAAUUGGGACCCGAAUGGGGACCCUUGGACUAGUUUGCAAAAUUUGUCAUCAGGUUGUGCGAAUGGGAGUAGAAUAAUAAUAACUAGUUCGCAUUGGGAUGCAGAAAUUGAAAUUACAAAAAGUAUAGGCACAACAAAACCAUAUGAAUUAGAGCCAUUAGAUGAAGAAGAAUCUUGGGCUCUAUUUGAAAAGGUGGUUUUUGAGAACGGAGAGGGGAAGCAAAUCAAUUCCCAGAUUGUGAAAAGAAUCGUUGAAAGGUGUGCAGGGUCUCCUUUUGCCAUAAAGACAAUAGGAAGGAUGUUGCAAUCUAAAGAUCCGGAAACAGAAUGGUCCACCUUCCUAGAAACGGAUAUAAUUUCAAGAAUCCAUGGAGGAGAUCUUUAUUUAUUAGAAGCGCUAAUACUUGUUUGGGAUAACUUCCCAUGGAAUUUGAAAAAUUGCUUGGCCUACUGUAGCUUAUUCCCUAUAGAUUUUGAAAUUGAUGUUAAAACAUUAAUAAAUCUUUGGAUAGCACAGGGGUUUAUUUAUCCAUCACCAGAAAGACACAUGGAGGAUGUGGGUUAUGAGUAUUUUCGAAAUUUAUGCUGGGAAUCCAUCUUUCAAGAAGUUGAAAAAGAUGAGAAUGGCAUUGUAAGUAAGUGCAGAAUGGCACCCCUCAUGCACCAAUUUGUAAUUGAGGCAGCAGAAUCAAUUUCGAUAAUGCUCUAUGGGACACAAUAUCUUGAAACUUCUGAAAGAGAACUCCAGUGGGAAGAACAUGUCUCGUUUGGCUUUCAUCUAGAUUCAUCAUCAAACUAUGCAAGGUUACCGGGCAGAGGACACAGAAUUCGCACAAUUCUUUUGCCUAGUCAGAUGCGUUUGGAAACUGAAGGGACACUAGGUGAGUCAUUUUUGGAUGCGAUUAUCUUACGUCAUAAAUUGUUACGUGUAUUGGAUUUGCAUAAUUUAGGGAUCGAAAUGUUGCCGGAUUCCAUAGGCAAGUUGAAACAUCUACGAUAUCUCGAUGUCUCUCAAAAUUCAGCCAUUAAAUCAUUGCCAAAUUCGAUUACCAUGCUGCUGCAUUUGACAGUGCUGAAACUCUCCUCGUGUUACGGACUCCAAGAAUUGCCAAGAGAUAUUCAUAAACUAAUCCGCCUCAGACAUGUUGAGAUUGACUGGUGCUACAGUUUGACUUAUUUGCCACGUGGACUGGGUCACCUUACUCAACUUCAGACAUUAUCGGAAUUUGUACUGAGUAAGGACAAUCGCCAUUCAUGUUCGCUACGCCAAUUAGCGGAACUGAACAAUUUGAGGGGAAAGCUCAAAAUUAAAAACUUGGAAAAUGACAUAUAUGAUUCUAAGGCUGCAAUAUUGAAGGAGAAAGAGCAUCUUACAUCCUUAACACUAGCUUGGGAUUUGGAUGUCCAUGAAGUUACAGCAAAAGAACAACUGGAUCGCCUGGAGCCUCCUUCCAAUAUCAAAGAAUUGGUUUUAGUCCGCUAUCAUGGUAUCAAGUUUUCCGGUUGGUUUUCCUCACUCAACAACUUGGUUAAAUUCUCGUUACGAAAUUGUAAAUGCCAAGAUCUACCGCCCCUCAGUCACCUUUCAUCUCUUAAGGUUUUGAUUCUAGAUCAGAUGACUGAUUUGAAGUAUAUCUCCAACAAGUAUGAGAAUAAUCAUCCUUCAUCAUCAUCAGCAUCAGCAGCAGCAGCAGCAUUUUUUCCAUCCCUGGAAGAACUUAGGCUUACAGAAUUGCCUAAUCUUGAGGGAUGGUGGGGAGGUGAUAAUUCUUUGAAGGCAACUGUAUCAUCAUUGCCGUCAUUUCCUCGUCUUUCUAAAUUGAUGAUUGAAGAUUGUCCCAAGUUGAGUUCCAUGCCUCUUUACACUCAUUUAAAAGAGUGGCUAGUGUUGGAUAACACUAGCUUGGAGACAUUCCAACACAUAAUGAAUCCAUUCACGUCGUCACAAGUACCCUCAGAGACGAAUAAAGAAUGGUCAGCAGCAUCAACCUCCUCUGCAGUUUUUGCUUCAUCUUCUCUCUCCAGAUUGCAAAGUCUCUGUAUUAUUGGGAUUAAGAAGCUUGACAUUAGCUACAGUGAUGAGAUUAAAUGGGAAGGCCUUAGAAAUCUACGCUUUCUGAGAUUUGAUUAUCUACCAAAACUAAAUAAGCUUCCCGAAGGUCUUCAACAUGUUACCACCCUCCAAGAACUCCAUAUCUGGCGCUGUAAUAUGAAGACUCUUCCAGAAUGGAUAGGGAAAUUCAAGUUCCUUACAGUACUUGGAAUUUCAGUGUGCCCUUACUUGAAUUCACUGCCUGAAGCAAUAAAAAGCCUCUCCUCUUUAGUGACGCUGGAGAUUGUGGAUUGUCCAAUAUUAUUGGAAAGAUGCAAAAGCAAAACUGGUGCAGAUUGGCAUAAGAUUGAACACAUUCCAGAUCUGUUACUCCAGCGACCUCAAUCUUCUUCCUCAUCUUCAAGUGGUCAAAAUUAGCUUCAACAAUGAUGUACCAUAAUCGUGUCUUGAAGGCUGUUGUCAAUAAAUCGAAGGAGUUGAUCUAGGUUCUGAAACAGAGUUGUCAUUUUCUCAACCAUUAGUGUCAUGAAGGCUGCUGCACUUUGAAGAGAAGAUCAAGAUGUGAUGUUUGAUAGCACAGAAAGCUAUUUGGAGCAACAGAACAAGAGAUUUCAGGAGUUGAUGGACAGGAUAUAUAGUGUCAGGUACAAGCAGUUCUUCAAUUAAUCCUCUCUUUUUCUCAAUGUUUAUGUUCUUCUUAUUUUAUAGAACCUUACUCUAUAUUGUAACUUCAAGUCUUGUACUUUAUCAUGUAUAUGUUUCUCUAUAUAUGUAUAUAUUUAUUUUAAUUUUCCUAGCUGUUAGGUUGCAACAAUCUUUAUUAGUGUAUUAAAUUAAAGUGCGAACAGGGGUUUGAGAUGAAACACAAGUCUGUGUGUUGCUAAUACAAUUCUUAUAUG